UUUCGUGGGAAGGCAAUCGCUUCAUAAUGAUGAUGGGCAUUUUGGGUGUUACCAAAUACGAAUCACUGGUAUAAAAAAUAAAAAAUAAAAAAAUAACCAUCUAAUUAUUCAAUAGUAAUAAAAAAUUUUAAUUUUUCUCAUUUCACACCCCAUGCAACACAUUUUCAGAUUUUCUGUCCCAAAAAUUAACAAAUAAAUAAAUAAUAUAGAUUUUUACAAUUGUAUCCAGCUUCUACCCCUAAUAAAUAAAAUAGAAAUACACUCCUGCCCUAAAAAAUAAAAUAAAAUAAAAAAUUGUCUAAAAAAACUCCCCCAACGGCUACUUUCUACCAACGGUCAUAAAAUUUUAAAUUUCUCCACAUCUAAUACACCCUCCCUUCCCCAACCUUUCGUCCUCUCCCUCUCCCUCUCCCUCUCCCUCUCUCUCCACCGUACUGAACUCUCUCUCUCCUCAAAAUGAUGCAAGAAAUCUGGAACGCUCCGCCACCGCCGCCGCCGGGCUUCCGGCCGACAAAAUCCGCCCCAUCAUCUCCGGCAAAGCCGCUAGGCGGCGGCGUGUCCCGGACCCGGUCAGAGCUAUUCCACGUCGCCCACAAAGUCCCCGUCGGCGACACCCCAUACGUCCGAGCCAAAAACGUUCAAUUAGUCGAGAAGGAUCCCGACCGGGCGAUCCCGCUCUUCUGGGCGGCGAUCAACUCCGGCGACAGAGUCGACAGCGCGUUAAAAGACAUGGCCAUCGUAAUGAAGCAGCAGAACCGCGCCGAAGAGGCCAUCGAAGCCAUUAAAUCCCUCCGCGGCCGCUGCUCCGACCAGGCGCAGGAGUCGCUCGACAACAUUCUCCUCGAUCUCUACAAAAGGUGCGGCAGAGUCGAUGAUCAAAUCGCCCUGCUCCGCCACAAGCUCCUGUUAAUCAAACAGGGGAUGGCCUUUAACGGCAAACGGACAAAAACGGCACGGUCACAGGGGAAGAAGUUUCAAGUCUCUGUCGAGCAGGAGGCCACGCGCCUCCUCGGAAACCUCGGCUGGGCUUUGAUGCAGCAGGGGAAUUACGUCGAGGCCGAGGAGGCCUACCGGCGCGCGCUUUUGCUCGCGCCGGAUAACAACAAAAUGUGCAAUUUAGGGAUUUGUUUGAUGAAACAGGGGAGAGUUUCCGAGGCGAAAGAGACGCUCCGACGCGUCAAGCCGGCGGUUUCUGACGGGCCACGAGGCAUCGAUUCGCACCUCAAGGCCUACGAGAGAGCCCAGCAAAUGCUCGUCGAUCUACAUUCGGAUAAGAUGAUGAAAUCCGGCGACCAGAGGUUGCUUUUCGACGCGUUCUUGGGGAACUCCGCCGUCUGGCAGCCGCAGCCGUGCAAAGACCACCACCACCACCACGGCGAUCGCCGGAAAUUGCAUGACGACGAUGAGGAUAACGCUGGUUUCGGCAACGAGAAUGCUAAUAUUAAUGUUUUGACGAGCAACUACAACGGUCAUAAUUCGCUGAACAUCGACGCGGCGCCGUUUUAUUCGUCCAAGUUUAUGCCGGAGAGUCUUAAGCGGACGAGGCCGGGGAAUGAGGCCAACAUUUUCAAUCGGAGGAUUCCAAUGGAGCCGGGGAAUAAGGUGCGGAAACAGCUGCCGGCGCCGGAGGAGCCGCCGGAGAGAGUCGAAGACUGGGACGACUUGCUGCCGGACAGCAAGGAAUUCGAGGAGGCGAUAAUUGCCGCCGUUUUGGGCGAGGAUGAGACGGCGGCGAGGAAGAAGAAGAUGGAGGAGGACCGCCGUGGCAAGGCGGAUAAGAGGCUGAGAGUUUUUCAGGACAUUACUACGUCGUCGUCGUCAUGCUUGAGCAGAGUUUGAGAUCAGUCUGCAAUAACUUUAGGGAUUAGGAGAUGAACUUGUUCUCCAUAAAAAUUCAGUCUUUUUUUUCAUGUCUCGUUUUUUAUUUGAUUUAUUUUGGAAAAUUCCUCUUUGUAGUUUUCCCUUCAACAACAUAAAGGACCGUUGGUCGUCUAAUUUAUUUAUUUAUCACUUCUUUUAU